AUGUGGAAGCUCAGUUUUAUAUUUGUUGCAUUUAGUGUUGUGAGAUGUUUAGCACAUGACAGUGAUUCAAAAUCAGUAUUAGUGUAUAGUAGUGAUCAAUUUUUAACUGAAGUAUCCAAGCAUAAUAAUUUUGUUAUGUUUUUUGCACCAUGGUGUGGUCAUUGCAGUAGAUUAUCUCCCACUUGGGAUCAGUUGGCAGAUAAAUAUAAUAGUGCUGAAAAAAACUCUGUUAAGAUUGCAAAGGUUGAUUGUAUCGUAGAAACUUCUUUGUGCUCAGAGCAAGAUGUAACUGGUUAUCCAACCCUUAAACUUUUCAAAACUGGAGAAGAUGAAGGAGUUAUAUACCGAGGGACCCGAGAUCUGGCAUCUCUUACUACUUUUAUUAGUGAACAGCUAGGAAUAGAGGAACCAAAUAGUGUUGCAGAACUUCCAGAGCCUGUGAAUGGAUUAAUUGAGUUAACAGAAGAAACUUUUGAAGAUCAUAUAAGGGAAGGAAAGCAUUUUGUUAAAUUUUAUGCCCCUUGGUGUGGUCAUUGUCAGAAAUUGGCACCUACAUGGGAUGACCUUGCCAGAUCAUUUGAAUACGAUACAACAGUAACUAUAGCAAAAGUAGACUGUACUGUGCAUAGGUCAGUAUGUAACACCUUCGAUAUUGUUGGAUAUCCUACAUUGUUAUGGAUUGAAGAUGGUAAAAAGUUGCAGAAAUAUCAAGGCCAGCGAACUCUUGAAGAUCUGAAGUCAUUUGUUUCACGUAUGCUAACCCCAUCUGAUGCAACUGCUACUGAACAAGAAACUGAUACUGAUGAUAACAGCCCCAUUGCUGUUUUGUCAAGAGAAAACUUUGAAUCUGGUGUAGCUAGUGGUUUUGCAUUUGUAAAAUUCUUUGCGCCUUGGUGUGAACACUGUAAACGUCUAGCACCUACAUGGGAAGAACUGGGUAAAAAGUUCGUGGGUAACGAACUAGUUCGAAUUGUAAAAGUGGAUUGCACUCAGGAGAUAAGCAAGGAUCUGUGUAAUAGGCAAGAGGUGGAUGGUUUUCCAACUUUGUUCCAGUAUAAAAAUGGAGAGAAAAUUGAAGAGUAUAAUGGUUCUUGUAGUUUGGAUGAUCUUUUGAAAACAAUGCCGUGUAAUGAGGCGCUAAUUGCACUCACCGAAGUCAGCGGUGCAGAAAAGGUGCAGCAUCUCCUCCGCAGUGCAGGGGCGGCACUCUGCAACAGAGAACAGAGAUCACUUGGUUCCCAGGGUGCCCGAAGUAAUGAGGCUGACUUUCUUAACUUGCUAUUCCACAAUAAAUUUGAAGGUGACCAGUUGAUGACGCCAAUGAAAUACACAAACUCCACUGCUAUUUCGUGCGCAUCACGUCUUGAAGCUGGAUUCAUAACGACGCGCGAUGCAGGGCAGUUCGACCUAUCGGUCGAUCACCAGCGAUGGGGAGUGGGCGUAAAGGGAGACGGGGUGGGGAGCAGAUUGGCGCCCUGUCAGCAGCAAUCCGUGGCGAACAUCGAUCCUCGCACGCGAGUCGUGGGUCUGAGCUUAUCGCGGCAUCGCGCUGCACCCACCGGGCGCCGCGACCGCCCCGCUGUUCGCAGGUGA